AUAGAGUUUUAUUGGUCCAGGAAGCUACUGGGCCUGCUGCGAGUAUCAGAUUAUGGAAGCUGGUUACUGGUCUUGUCGAGGCAGGGGAAGAGAUUGAAAACGCAGCCAUGCGGGAGGUCUAUGAGGAGACCGGCAUUACAGCGACAUUCGAACGAGUACUUGCUGUCCGUCACACGCAUAGAGGGACGACUGAGCUGGGGUCUCGAUCGGAUCUAUUCUGGGUAUGCAUAUUAAGGAUGGAUGAGGACAAUGAGGCCAAUAAGGCUGUGCUUAAUCUCCCAAUGCUGCCACAGAGUUAUCUUCAAGCGAGUGAGAUCAAGGAAGCGAAAUUCGUACCACAUCAACAACUUCACGACAUUACAG